AUGUCGCAGGACAACAACAUCAAGGUCAUUGCGCGUUUCCGCCCGCCCAAUUCGCUAGAGAAAAAGUCGGGCGGCACAUCUGUGGUUGAAAUUGAAGAUGAGACGACUGUUGGCAUAAAGUGUGACGAGCACACCGGCUCCUUUACAUUUGAUCGCGUCUUUGGCUCCGACACCAGUCAGUCCAUGAUAUACAACUACGCCAUCCGCGACACACUGGAAGACAUUUUCAACGGUUACCAUGGCACGGUUUUCUGCUACGGUCAGACGGGUUCGGGAAAGACGUUCACAAUGAUGGGCGCGGAUAUCGACAACCACGACCUCAAGGGAAUCAUCCCACGCAUUGUCGAGGGCAUCUUUGAGAAGAUUGUCGAGUCGCCGCCGACCCUCGAGUACAUGGUCAAGACGUCAUACAUGGAGAUUUACAUGGAGAGGAUCCGCGAUUUGCUAAACCCGGACGAGUCCAACCUGCCAGUACACGAGGACAAGGCGAAUGGUGUGUACGUCAAGGGCCUGAUGGAGGUCUUUGUUGGCAGCAUUGACGAGGUGUACGAGGUGAUGCGACAGGGUGCAAAGAACCGCGUUGUCGCCUCCACCAACAUGAACGCUGAGAGCUCGCGCAGUCACAGCAUCUUCCAAAUCACAAUCGAGCAAAAGGACACAGUCACGGGCAAGACCAAGAUGGGUCGGCUUUUCCUCGUCGACUUGGCUGGUUCCGAGAAAGUUGGCAAGACCGGCGCCACGGGCCAGACACUCGAGGAGGCCAAGAAGAUCAACAAGUCACUCUCAGCCUUGGGCAUGGUCAUCAACGCGCUGACAGAUGGAAAGUCCACGCAUAUCCCGUACCGCGACUCCAAGCUCACGCGUAUCCUGCAAGAGUCGCUUGGUGGUAAUUCGCGUACAACGCUGAUUAUAAACUGCUCGCCCUCGUCGUUCAAUGCAUCCGAGACUGUGGGCACGCUGCGCUUUGGUAUGCGUGCAAAGUCGAUCAAAAACAAGGCCAAGGUCAACCAGGAGGUCAGCGCGACCGAGCUCAAGAUCAUGCUCAAAAAGACCCAAACCCAAGUCAUCUCGUUCAAGUCGUACUACACGGCUCUAGAGGGCGAGGUCUCGAUUUGGCGGAAGGGUGGAGUUGUCGAGAACGAAAGCCAGGUUACUUGGGAGCGCGUUUUGGGCAAGGAGAAGGCUGCGCUCUAUGCACCUUCCCAGCAGCAACAGCCGCCGGCCACAUCAUUAAAGAGCGGGGCGGCGCGCGGCGCUGGCUACUCGACCCCGCGGGCCACGGGUACCAGCAGCCGGCUUUCGAUAAGCGCAGGCGUAGGGACACCAUCGCCACUGAGCCCGACGACCCUGAGCGCACGCGUCACGUCGCCCACUCCCUCGCUCAUGUUCCACGAAUCGCUUAUGUCCGACCUGGCCUCUCGAUCGGACUCGCCAAUCACAGUCAUGAGCGAGGACGAGCGCGAGGAGUUUUUGCGGCGCGAAAACGAGCUCAACGAUAUUAUAGCCGACAAGGAACGCGACCUGCAGGAGAGUAUCAAGUUGCGCGACGCGAUGCGCGAUGAGCUCGAUUUUUUGAAAUCCGAAUCGAGUGGCGUCAUCAGGCGCAAAGAGGAGCUGGCCAACGAGACCUCGCAGCUCAAGCUUGAGCUUGAAAAGGUGAGCUUUGGGCACCAGGAGGCCGAACUGACGAUUGAGAGCUUGAACGACGCCAACAAGGAGAUGAACGAGCAGCUGGAGAAGCUCAGGGAAGAGCUGGUUGAGUUGCGCCGCGAGGCAAACGACUCUGCAGCGAUGGACAAGGAGAAGGAGCGCGCCUCCCGGGUUGCUGCAAUGCUCAACGAGCUGGAUUCGACAAAGGCAAUGUCGCGGCAUGAGGCGGGCAUGGGCGAGCUGCUGCGCUCGCUGGUGGAGGCCGGCGACGACGACAGUAAAAAGGUCGAGAUGAUGACGCAUAUGCGCCGCGAGCUCGACGACUGCCAGGAUCUCCUGCAGGAAAAGGAGGAGACCAUCUUUGAGCUGACCAUCCAGAACGACAAGCUGCUCAAGGGCUACACCGAAACUGACGCCAAAUACGAGCGCCUGCUGUCAGAGUAUGAGGAGAUGCUUGAGCAGACCAUUGUUGCCGAGGAGCAGCAGACCAACCGCGACACGGAGAGCAUCAACGAUUUGCGAGCGAAGCUCGAGGAGCACUACAGCAGCAAGAUCAGCAACCAGAAGACCCUGCUGGACGCCGCCCAGGCCGACCUGCAGCGCCGCCAGGAGGAGAUUACCAAGAGCAACGUGGCCAUCCGCGAGCUUCGCAGCGAGAACCGCGAGCUCCAGUCCAAAAUCGACGCGCUGGUCGAGGAGAAGACCCGCCUCAGCGCUUCUCUCGCCACGGCCACCUCUGCCGCCGGCGCCACGACCACCGGCGGCAGCUCCAUUGGCGGUGACUCUGCCGCUGCCGCCGCGACCGAGCACGCGAUGCUCAAGGAGCGCGAGAUGGUCAUUAUGCGGCGCGACAUGGCCCAGCGCAUCAUGGAGUACGACACCAUGCGCAAGUCGCUUAUGCGUGACGUGCAGAACCGAUGUGAGAAGAUCAUUGAGCUCGAGAUGGCUUUGGAUGAGUCGCGCAGCCAAGUCUCGCAGCUCACCCGCCGUGUCAGCAAUCCCGGCCAGCCUCAGCGCAUGCAGCUCCUGGAGAAGAACGUCGCGCAGCUGACGCUGAUGCAAAAGGAGCUUGUUGUGCAAAACACCGAUUUGAAGAAGCAGGUCUCUCUGUCGGAACGCAAGCUGAACGCACGCACUGAGCGUAUUGAGUACCUGGAGGAGCGCAUCCAGGAUGUGACCAACCAGGCUGAGAGCUGGAAGCGCAAGUACGAGGAGGCUAAUGCCAUCCGCAGCCACGACGCUUCGCGGUCGGCCAUGCAGCCGACAAGCAACAAUGUUUUGCGCUUUAGCAGGAUCGCCAAGCCCCUGCGCGGCGGAGGCGGCAAUGCGCAUGCAGCCACCACGGUUACCGAGGAGAAGAUCACAGGCCGGAAUGCCGGCUUUUUCAACUGGGGCGGUAACUGA